CUCCCUCCGUACGGCAGCCGGCGGAGGCUCCAAGCCCCGCCCCGCGCGGGCCCCGCGCAUGCGCGGCGCGGCGGGGAAGAUGGCGGCGUCCUCGCUGGAGCAGAAGCUGUCGCGGCUGGAGGCGAAGCUGAAGCAGGAGAACCGCGAGGCGCGGCGGAGAAUCGACCUCAACCUCGACAUCGGCCCCGCCCGCGCCCGCCCCAUCAUCGUCAUCACCCUUAGCCCCGCCCCCGCUCCGUCCCAGCGAGCAGCCCUGCAGCUGCCCCUGGUGAGCGAGGGGGGCCGGGGGGGGGCCCCCGAGAGCCCUCAGCCCGCGCCCCCGCCCCGGCCCCGGCAGAUGCUGGGGCUGCCCCCGCCCCCCUACCUGGUGCCACGCAGCCUGGAGAGCAUUGAGAUCGACCAGAAGCUGCAGGAGAUCAUGAAACAGACGGGGUACCUGACCGUGGGGGGACAGCGGUACCAGGCAGAGAUCAAUGACCUGGAGAACCUGGGCGAGAUCGGCAGCGGCACCUGCGGGCAGGUGUGGAAGAUGCGCUUCCGCAAGACCGGCCACGUCAUCGCCGUCAAGCAAAUGCGGCGCUCGGGGAACCGCGAGGAGAACAAGCGGAUCCUGAUGGAUCUGGACGUGGUGCUCAAGAGCCACGACUGCCCCUACAUCGUGCAGUGCUUCGGCACCUUCAUCACCAACACCGACGUGUUCAUCGCCAUGGAGCUCAUGGGCACCUGCGCCGAGAAGCUCAAGAAGCGAAUCCAGGGCCCCAUCCCCGAGCGCAUCCUGGGCAAGAUGACGGUGGCAAUCGUGAAGGCGCUGCUGUACCUGAAGGAGAAGCACGGGGUCAUCCACAGGGAUGUCAAACCCUCCAACAUCCUGCUGGACGAGCGGGGCCAGAUCAAGCUCUGCGACUUCGGCAUCAGCGGCCGCCUGGUGGACUCCAAGGCCAAGACCCGGAGCGCCGGCUGCGCGGCCUACAUGGCGCCCGAGCGCAUCGACCCCCCCGACCCCACCAAGCCCGACUACGACAUCCGCGCCGACGUCUGGAGCCUCGGCAUCUCCCUGGUGGAGCUGGCCACAGGGCAGUUCCCCUACCAGAACUGCAAGACGGAUUUCGAGGUGCUGACCAAGGUGCUGCAGGAGGACCCGCCCCUGCUACCCCCGGCCAUGGGCUUCUCCGGGGACUUCCAGGCCUUCGUCCGAGACUGCCUCACCAAGGACCACAGGAAGAGACCAAAGUACAACAAGUUACUGGAGCACACUUUCAUCAAGCGCUACGAGACGCUCGAGGUGGACGUGGCCACGUGGUUCAAGGACGUGAUGGCCCGGACAGAGUCCCCGCGCCCGGGGGGUGGCCUGGGCCACCACCUGCCCUUCUUCACCAGGUAGCGCCCGCCCGGCGCCGCCACACCCGGCAGGGGACACCGGGGACAGCCGGGCCACCUCCGGGGACAGGGACAGCGGGGACAGCCCUGGGACACUGCCUGGUGCCACCAUGCCCGGCAGGGGACAGCGGGGACAUCUCCUGUGACACCGGGGACAGCCGGGCCACCUCCAGGGACAGCCAGGACGGCCCUGGGACAGCACCCGGCACAGGGACGGCUGGGCCACCUCUGGGGACAGGGACGCUGGGGACAGCUGCGACAGCCCUGGGACAGGGCCACCCAGGACAGGGCCACCUGUGACACCCACUGGGGGAGGUGACACCUGUGCCACCCCCCUCUUGUCACCCCUCCCAUGCCACCCAGUGUGACAGUGACACUGCCACGGCCACCACAGCCCUGGCGUGGCCUGGAGUGUCCCCAGCGUGUCCCAGUCGGUCCCAGUGUGUCCCUGCCAUCACAGCUGUGCCCUCCCGCUGUCCCCACCUUCCCAAGGCCAGGGGACACCUCUGUCCCUUCUGUGUCCCCCUGGCCGUGCCUCAGUUUCCCACAGGGUCCCGUGUGGGGACAGGGCUGGGGACAGGAUGGGGAGGUGGCACCGAGGGCGUGACACUGGGAUGUGGCGCUCUGGGAUGUGACACACGGGGAGGUGGCCCAGGGACACGGACAUGGCUGGGGGAUGUGACACGGGUGUGACGCCGGGGCCUGGGGAUGUGACACUCGGCCCUGAGGGGACAUUGAGGGGACGCGGAGGUGGCACCACGACAUGGGGACGUGACACGGAGAUGGCACUUGGGGACACGGAGAUGGCGCAGGAACGUGGCACAGGGGACAGCGUGGAGAGCCAGCACGGGGAUGUGACAGCGAGGGACAGCGUGGGGACACGGAAGGAUGGCACAGAAAUGGCACCGGGACGUGACACGGGGACACGGGACGGAGAUGGCACCAGGAAGUGACACAGGACACAGAACGGAGAUGGCACCGGGAAGUGACACGGGGACACAGGGAUGGCACCAGGAAGUGACCCAGGACAGAGAUGGCACCGGGAUGUGGCACAGGGAUGGCACCGGGAAGUGACACAGGGACACAGAACAGAGGUGGCACCGGGAUGGCACCAGGAAGUGACACAGGACAGAGACAUCCCCAGGCUGUGUCAUGGGGAUGGCACAGGACAGAGAUGUCCCCAGGCUGUGACAAUGGGGACACGGCGCUGGAGGACACGGAGUGGUGGCCUGGGGACACAGACACGUCACGGAUAUGACAUUGCAGGGCCCAGUCCCGGGGAUGUGACACUGGGAUGUGACACCAAGGGUGUGACACCAGGGAUAUGGCACCAGGAUGUGACACCAAGGAUGUAAAACUGGGAUGUGACACCAAGGGUGUGACACCAGGGAUGUGGCACCAAGGAUGUGGCACCAGGAUGUGACACCAAGGAUGUGACACUGGGAUGUGACACCGGGGAUGUGACACCAAGGAUGGGACACCAGGGAUGUGGCAUCAGGAUGUGACACCAGGGAUGUGACACCAAGGAUGUGACACUGGGAUGUGACACCGGGGAUGUGACACCAAGGAUGGGACACCGAGGAUGUGACACCGCGAUGUGACGCCAAGGAUGUGACACUGGGAUGUGACACCGCGAUGUGACGCCAAGGAUGUGACACCGGGGAUGUGACGCCAAGGAUGUGACACCGGGGAUGUGACGCCAAGGAUGUGACACCAAGGGUGUGACACCAGGGAUGUGGCACCAGGAUGUGACACUGGGAUGUGACACCGCGAUGUGACACCAAGGGUGUGACACCAGGGAUGUGGCACCAGGAUGUGACACCGGGGACACAGCCCGGGGAUGUGACACCACAAUGUGACCCUGGGCUGUGACACCGGGGAUGUGACAGCAGGAUGUGACACUGGGGACACAGCCCGGGGUGGCCCCGGGUGGCACGGUGACAAUCAGGGCCGGGCCGUGUCCCCGCCGUGUCCCCACUGUCCCCAAGGCCAGCAGGUGCAGUUUUAGUGCAUUGGGGGCGCGGGCGGCGCCGCCCCCCGUCCCCCUCAUUAAUUAUUAUUAUUAAUUAUUAUUAUUAAUUAUUAUUAUUAUAAAUGCGCAUGUGGAACCCAA